GUCGCGUGACGUCAUUCGGUUCGCGCCUCAGGUGUUUUCGAUGUGACGCGACUUGCGGCCGUAUGCUGGCCGAGUGAUGGCCACGUGAUCCUCCUCUUCGAAGAUGGCACCGGCCGGCGUCGUCCUCAACACAGUUCUGGUGCUGGUGGCGGCGAUGCGCGUGGCGGCGGCCGACCUCACCUCGCGCACGGUGCACACGAAAUACGGCGAUGUGAGUGGCGUUAUCGUGCAGCUGGACGCGAAACAUUUGGAGCCGGUGGAGGUGUUCAGAGGGAUUCCCUACGCCAGCCCGCCGCUGGGCCGGCUGAGAUUCAUGCCGCCGGUGACGGGGGCUCUGUGGUCGGGGGUGAAAAUCGCGGACAAGUUCAGUCCGGUGUGUCCGCAGAGGCUGCCGGACAUCGCCAAUGAGACGGCGGCCCUCAAGAGGAUGCCCAAGGGGCGGCUGGAGUACCUCAAAAGGCUGCUGCCCCACCUGCAGAACCAGAGCGAGGACUGCCUCUAUCUAAACAUCUACGCACCGGCGCAAGCUGGUACGCGCGAGGGCAGCUCCUCGUCCAAGUACCCCGUGGUGGUGUUCGUUCAUGGAGAAAGCUACGAAUGGAAUUCGGGCAACCCUUACGACGGCAGCGUUCUUGCUAGUUACGGCGGUGUCGUUGUAGUCACCGUAAACUACCGACUUGGCAUUUUAGGCUUCCUCAACGCCAACACGGACCCUUACUCUCGUUCUCCGGCCAACUACGGCCUCAUGGACCAAAUAGCCGCCCUCCACUGGAUUCAGGAAAACAUCGCUGUAUUUGGCGGAGAUCCAACAAACGUUACCGUAGUAGGCCAUGGAACUGGAGCGGCUUGCGUCAACUUCCUGUUAACGUCCAGCGCAGUUCCUGAAGGUGUGCUGUUCCACAGAGCCAUCCUCAUGUCGGGCUCGGCACUCUCGCCCUGGGCGUUGAUCCAGGAGCCGUCCCGGUACGCCGCUCAAGUGGCCAUCCAUGCAAACUGCUCGCCAGAACUGCCACAUCCCCACCUGCUCAAGUGCCUUCGAGAGAGACCCCUGGACACGCUCCUGUCCACGCCGGUUGUCGCACCGGAAUUCGCUUUCGCUUUCGGGCCCAGCGUCGACGGGGUGGUUAUCGACACCGGAGAACCGCCAGGCGACGGCCCCCACUACGAGUUCGACUCGAAGCCGGUGAAGGCGGAGCCGCAGAACGCCAUCAACAUCCUCAACAACGUCCUCUUGCGCAAAUCGGUGGUGUCGAAGCUCUCCAGAUACGACCUGCUCCUGGGGGUGGUGAAGGCCGAGGCGUACUUCGCGUUCAACGGCGAGGACGUCCAAUACGGCAUCGAGGCGGAUCGCAGGUCGAAAAUCCUGCGGACUUUUGUCCGAAAUACGUACAGUUAUCACCUCUCGGAGAUUCUGGCGACGAUUGUUAAUGAAUAUACGGAUUGGGAAAGACCCGUUCAACACCCGAUCAAUAUCCGAGAUGAGACGCUGGAAGCAUUGUCGGAUGCACAAUAUGUAGCACCCGUUGUGCAUACGGCCGAUUUGCAUUCAGCUGAGCACAGGAAUUCUUUUCUCUACGUCUUCGAUUAUCAGACCAAGUUCGGGGAUUACCCGCAGAGACAAGGAUGCAUUCACGGCGAGGAACUUCCCUACUUGUUCGGGGCCCCCCUCGUUGGAGGAUUCAUGCACUUUGGAAGAAACUACACCAAGUCCGAAGUCCUACUCGCCGAGACCACCAUGAUCUAUUGGAGCAACUUUGCGAGGACGGGGAACCCAAAUGAACCGCCAGAGGGAGUGCGACAGGAGCGAAAUCGCUUCAAAAACAUCGAUUGGACGGCCUACGAAGCCGUCCAUAAGAAAUAUCUGAAUUUGGAUACGAAACCCAAACUGAAAAACCAUUAUCGGGCCCACCGUCUUUCAUUCUGGCUCAACCUCGUCCCGGAUUUGCACAAGCCGGGCGGCGACGACGUGCCCAUGUCCCAUCACAAACUGGCCGACGACGACCCCCCACCCCCCAAACUCCCAUCGCUGAACCCCCGCAAACUCCCAACAACCGAAACCCCGGAAUUCGGCCGCUCCCCAAGCUCCAACUCCUCGCUCGUCGCCACGGAGAGCCCGGACUCCACCGAGCGCGUGGAGGAGUUGGGGGGGCUGAGCACCACCACCCACCCCGUGGAGGACGGCUUCGCGGCCUACUCGACCGCUCUGAGCGUCACCAUCGCCAUCGGGUGCUCGCUUUUAAUCCUGAACGUUCUAAUUUUCGCGGGGGUGUAUUACCAACGUGACAAAACUCGCAUGAACGAGAAUCGCGAGCCGAAGAAGCGUAACGAAAACGGCCAAAUGCCGAACAACAUCUGCGGCGACUUGGAGAGCAGCAUAAUAGGCGUGAAGAGCGACCCGGCCACCAUUCUGGGCCACCACCACUCCCACCACCAGCUGCCGCCCCCGGAGUUCGCCGACUUGCCGCAGAACAACGCCACGUUGCCGCGGCCGCCGCCGCCCCCCAAGAUCUCCAAAGCCAACGUCAACACGUUGUCGUCGAACCAAGUGCCGGAGAACCAGCCUCUGCUCUCCACGCACAGUAUACAGUUGAUUAACACGGGGACGUUGACGAAGAAGAACGCUCACGUCAAACAAAACACGAUGGAGGAGUUGCGAGUGUGACGAAUUCAGUGAUACUUUGCUCAAACUUUGUUUUUUAUCGGGGACGGACUCGGUGUUUUCUAUCUGUGAAUAGUAGGCUAGGCGAUGACCAACAGGGCCGGACUAUUUUGUAUCCUUCCCUACUGUGCGACAGUGAACCGAGACGAAAUGAACGGUUUUCAGCCGGUUUUUCGACUCUAAUGCGAAUGUUGUAACGGAAAAAUCGAAUGAAUGUUGUGUAAAUACCCUAGAUUAAUAAAAUGUUAAAUAAACAA